CCGCGCUCUCCGCGCACCGAAGAGGAGCAGGUAUCGUUGGGUGGCUGACAUGUGAAGCAAAAUGGCUAAAGUUGACACCUAUCACUCUUGCCCAGCUGCCCAUGGAUUGUCUUUGAAAACUGUUGAUGAUGACCCUAACAAUUUGGAAAAUGGAUUUAUCAGGACUCACUCACUGGGUGAGGAAGACACAUCUUCAGAACUGCAGAGGGUCAUUUCCAUGGAGACAGGUGGCAUGUCUGAAUCUCGAAGGAGCUCAUUCACAGGCAGUGGAGCAAUGGCUAGAUUAUCAUGGUUCAUCUUAUCCCUGAGGUCUUGGACUAGGAGGCACCUGCAUCAUGAAGACCAGAGGCCAGAUUCUUUUCUUGAGCGCAUUCGAGGGCCAGAGCUCAGAGAUUUCUCAAGUACAGACAGCAGCCCCGAAUUAAACUAUGAAGAAGCAAAUGGCUUGAAAAAUCAAUGGGCUCUGGCCAGAUUUAACAUCAACUACUCCAACAACACCAAUGAAGAAAAAAAGGAAGAAAAGAAAGAGAUUAAGGAGGAAAAAAAGGAGGAGGAAAAGAAAGAGGAGAAAAAAGAGGAAAAGAAAGAGGAAAAAAAGGAGGAAAAGAAAGAGGAAAAGAAAGAGGAGAAAAAAGAUGACAAAAAAGAUGAUAAAAAGAAGGAAGAAGAGAAGAAAAAAGAAGUCUUUGUGAUGGACCCUUCGACCAACAUGUACUAUAGGUGGUUGUCUAUCAUUGCAGCACCCGUGUUCUAUAACUGGUGUAUGUUAAUAUGUAGAGCCUGUUUUGAUGAGCUCCAAAUGAAGCACCUUACACUCUGGCUAAUUUUGGAUUAUACCUCUGAUGCCAUCUAUGUCAUGGACACGUUUGUCAGAUUCAGGACAGGUUUCCUUGAGCAAGGACUGCUUGUUCGAGAUGCAAAGAAAUUGAGAGACAAUUACAAAGCCACACAACAGUUCAAGCUGGACCUGCUGUCUCUUUUCCCGACGGAUCUGGGUUAUUUGAAAUUUGGAUUGAACUAUCCCGAACUACGAUUUAAUCGAUUGUUCAGGUUUGCCAGGCUAUUUGAGUUUUUUGACCGUACAGAAACAAGAACAAACUACCCAAAUAUGUUCCGUAUUGGGAACCUUGUCUUGUACAUUCUCAUCAUUAUCCACUGGAAUGCGUGCAUAUUUUUUGCCAUUUCAAAGCAAAUUGGAUUUGGAACAGAUACCUGGGUCUAUCCCAACAUAUCUCACCCAGAGUAUGGUCGUCUGUCCAGAAAAUAUAUUUACAGUUUGUAUUGGUCGACCUUGACCCUAACAACCAUUGGUGAAACUCCACCUCCAGUGAAAGAUAUAGAGUAUCUAUUUGUGGUCAUAGACUUUCUGGUAGGUGUACUUAUCUUUGCUACCAUUGUUGGUAAUGUGGGCUCUAUGAUUUCUAACAUGAAUGCCUCCAGGGCAGAGUUCCAAGCUAAGGUUGAUUCUAUCAAACAGUACUUGCAUUUCCGAAAGGUCACAAAAGACUUGGAAGCUAGGGUCAUUAAGUGGUUUGAUUACCUGUGGACCAACAAGAAAACUGUGGAAGAGAAGGAAGUUCUCAAGUACCUUCCUGAUAAACUGAAGGCUGAAAUUGCCAUAAAUGUACACUUGGACACUCUAAGGAAAGUCCGUAUCUUCCAAGAUUGUGAAGCUGGGCUACUUAUUGAGCUGGUGUUGAAGCUAAGACCAACCGUCUUCAGUCCUGGUGAUUAUAUCUGCAAGAAAGGCGAUAUUGGAAGGGAAAUGUAUAUUAUAAAAGAAGGGAAAUUAGCUGUGGUGGCAGAUGAUGGCGUGACACAGUUUGUGGUCCUAAGUGAUGGCAGUUACUUUGGUGAAAUCAGCAUCUUAAACAUCAAAGGCAGCAAAUCUGGUAACAGAAGGACAGCCAACAUCAGGAGCAUAGGUUAUUCUGAUCUGUUUUGUUUGUCUAAGGAUGACCUAAUGGAAGCGCUCACAGAGUACCCUGAUGCCAAAAAGGCACUGGAAGAAAAAGGACGGCAGAUUUUACUGAAAGACAAUUUAAUUGAUGAAGAGGCAGCAAAAGCAGGAGCUGACCCCAAAGACUUGGAAGAAAAAAUAGAGAAACUCGAAUCGUCCCUGGACAUUCUCCAGACCAGAUUUGCUAGACUCCUGGCAGAAUACACAUCAUCCCAGUCCAAAGUCAAGCAGAGACUUGUAAAAGUGGAGACCAAAGUGAAAAAAUACGGAAGUGGUACUUUGUCAGAUGCAGGGGACGAAGCUGAGAAACCAGCAGAAGAGAAAAAGAACUGAGUGUACAUUUUUACUUCCGUUCAGCACAGAAUAUUGCAUUGGAAAAG